AGAGCGUGACUUACUGUCAAAAGACGACUUCUUGUUUUGUGCCACUGGAACUAUCAUCGAGAUUGCAAUCUGCGUCUACCGCAGGUUUUCCAUUGCGGGCCUUCCUGUGGAGCCUACGGCACGGAAAGUUAAAAAGCUUUCUUGAGGAAUCAAAAAUAAUGCCGGUGGUUAAAGUAGAGAAAGACCCUCCGGCGGACACGUCCUCGGCGGUCCCUGACCCUCCAGAGGAGCAGCCCCGAGGUCGACGCAGGAAAAGACCCCUGCAGCGAGGCAAACCGCCCUACAGCUACAUCGCCCUUAUCUCCAUGGCCAUUGCUAACUCCGCAGACCGCAAGCUGACGCUGGGCGGCAUCUACAAGUUCAUCACGGAGCGCUUCCCCUUCUACCGGGACAAUUCCAAGAAGUGGCAGAAUUCCAUCCGUCACAAUUUAACGCUCAAUGACUGCUUCAUCAAGAUCCCCCGGGAGCCAGGGCGCCCGGGGAAGGGCAACUACUGGGCCUUGGACCCCAACGCCGAGGACAUGUUUGAGAGCGGCAGUUUUCUACGGCGGAGGAAGCGCUUCAAGCGAUGCGACCUGAGCACCUACGCCUCGUACGUUCAGGAGAAUCCGGUUUUCACGCCGGUCCAGAUCACGAGGUCGGGGGCAUACUCCAACGCGGUGUACCCUAACAUGACCGUCAGCCCAUCCUACGGGCAACAGCUACCCUCCGCCUACUACCCUUCGCAGUCCCCUCCCGGCUUUGGCCCGCCUCAGACUCGCAUGUUCAGUAUCAACAACCUAAUCGGAUCUCCGACCGGCAUGCUUGGCGCUCAGGGGCCGGACGGGAUGCAGCAGCCCGGCCGCAGCUUUACCCCCGAGGGGAUCUCCAACGGAUCCAGCCCCUGUAGUCUGGCACCGCCGAGUUUCCAGAGCCAGACAUGCGUGGGCGCCGCCCCGCCCCGCUCCACCCCCUCCGUACACCCGGGGUUCACCUAUCCCGUACCGAGCCACCAACACCACCACCAUCACACCGCCCCCCAGGGCCCCUACGGACAAGGCCAGAGCCAAGUGUACGCCGCCUCCAGUCGCCUGGGCUCCUCAGGCGAGACGGAAGACCCCUACAGUAGGGUCUCGCCAGUACAGUUGGGGUCUUUCUCCCAGUACAACAGCGCCAAUGCAGGAGGUUACCUGCGACACCCGCCCUACACCGGGAACAUGGACAGACGUGCGUCAAGAAUCUGUACUGCUUAACGCGUUCCGAUGGACUUACACGGUGUGUUGCAGUUCCUUCAGCCGAGCGUCUUUGUGUCGCUGCACAGACUCCAGCGUGCCGACAAGCUCCGUGACCGUGUUG